AUGGCCGAGUCGAAGUCAAUCCAGACGGGCACACAAGCCCACGAGACAGCAUCCAGCCAAGAUGGCGAUUUGCAACCUGAUGAAAAGUACUCUUGGUUUAGGGGAGUCUUCUUCCAGGCAACCGUCGUUGGAGUCGCCGCAUUCACGGCCCCUGGUUUGUGGAAUGCCAUGAACUCCGUCGGCGCGGGCGGACAGCAGACGCCGUACCUAGUAAUGGCUGGCAACGCGUUGCUUUUCUCCCUCAUGACAAUUACCUGCCUGACAGGAAGCAUCGUCGCGAAUCGUUUUGGCAUCAAAAACACACUGAUAUUCGGCACGACAGGAUAUGUUUUGUACUCAGCAGCCUUGUAUACGAACAAUCGAUACGGUACUGAAUGGUUCAUAUACCUUGGUUCGGCGGCAUGCGGCAUCACAGCUGGCCUCUUCUGGGCCGCUGAAGGCGCCAUCAUGCUUAGCUACCCUGAAGCACAUACAAGAGGCAAAUAUUUGGCCUACUGGCUGUGCUAUCGAAACGGAGGAGGCAUCUUGGGAGGCAUCAUUAACUUGGCUUUCAAUGUCCAUGGAAAGGCCGCCGGAAAGCUAGAUUGGCGGACCUAUAUUGUGUUUGUGGUUCUACAAUGCCUUGGUCCCGCCGUGACCUUUUUCCUAUCACCCCCCGAAAAAGUGCGGCGACGGAACGGAACGAGGGUACAGUUGGCACCGCGCAUAUCGGACUUGGAGGAGCUGAAAGCCCUAGGCAGACUGAUGAUACGAAAGGAAGUGGCUCUUCUGACGCCAUUAUUCAUUUAUAUCAACUGGAGCCUUCCUUACAUCGGAUCCUAUGUUUCUCUCUACUUCUCCGUCCGGGCGCGUGCUCUUGCUUCGCUUAUUACUGGCCUUGCGCAGAUUCUCGCCACCUUGAUCAUGGGUACCUUCUUGGAUUGGAAGCGCCCCUCGCUUAACAAUCGUGCGAAAUUCGCGUAUAUCUUUAUGAUGGCCCUCAUUGGAGGUUGUUGGAUCUGGGGAACCAUCGUCCAGAAAGGCUACUCCGAGCAUAAGCCGUCUCUAGACUGGGUCGAUGAAGGAUUUGGGCGCGGAUGGGCUCUCUACAUCUUGUGGCAGCUCAUUACCGCCCUCGGCAUAAAUUUUGGCCUUUGGGGCCUGGCUGUCGUCCCGGCUUAUUUGGUUGUCUCCCGACUCGUACGGGUCAUCAAGGCUCCCGGCCACCCCGACCAAGUCAACAGCACAUCACGACUUGCCUCUAAAGUCGGGAAACUGAAGAUAGCUGAUGCUCCAUCCCCAUACUCCCCGGCCGACGGCGUCACGGGACGUCAUAUGACGGCCAUAGAGGAUGAGCAAAUCGUCAACACAGCCCUCAUCACAUUUCUCAUCGCCGUCACAAUCAACUUCCCUGGCGUGAAUGCCGAUUGGUCUCUGUCGCGUAAAGCUUUUUCUGUCUCAAAUGAGGCUCACAGCUCGAAGGAAAAAUUUUUUGAGGCGAGGGUGGACGGCGUCCUUCGCACGCACCAAGGCCUUGAGGUUAAGGCCAUCGCGGAGGUCAAGCCAUACCUUCGCCGCCAGGGUAGAUACGAGAUCAGGAUGCAGGAGGCUGCGCAGAUGGCGGCGUGGAUAUGCACUAACCCUCCUGCCAAUCUCAACGAAUUGCGAGCGAACAAGAAAAUGAAAACGACUCGAUUGCUCGUCUCUCAGGACCGCCAUGAAGUAUACCUCAAUUUCGCAACCCUUGGCGCUGCGUACGUUGAUUAUAUUCGGGGUUCGCAGUCCUUCAACAAGUCCGAUGCCUUCCUCCAUAUCCAAGAGGUCGGACCGUACAGCAUAGACAAGGCUGAGCACAUGGGACCUCUGGCUCUUCUGAUCUUUGGUUUUAUGCUCCAGGAGUGCGCCUAA